GCUCCCAGCCGGGUAGUGCGUGUGAGUCAGUGUUGUGGGCGGUACCGGGGCCUGUACGUACAUCUGACAUCCAGUGGUCCUCCCAGCACUCCGUUUUCUGUUGGAUUACUUGUCGCGAACUUCGACGGAGACUGAAGCAGACUUUCAGGAAAACAUCACGACUCUUGAUCAACUGAGGUGGCGACGUGGAAGCUCGCCUAGGAAGUGUCACUUACCUACCACGAAGAACUUAGAAUGGUGUAUCUCCAUCUUCAACGACUGCAGCUGGUUGUCGUCGCCUUAAUCUCCUUAGCCACAGCCCGUGACCGGUGGGUAUGGAGUGGGCAACGCAGCAGCCGUCACUUGGUGAGAGUCUUUUCUCCCUUCCUCCCUCCACCAUUUCUCCGUCCCACAUUACUCCCUUCAGUGGUCGCAGAGAGAACAUCGUCAAGACAAACAAGAAAGCCGAAGGUGGUUGAAGCCCCUGAUGCAGCAGAUAGGACAGCAACAGUCCCCUCAAGACCUACUGCUCGAGGCGUCACUCAAGAUUCCCUUGUAGUACAUCCGCUUCCACUUGACAUCUCCAAACUUCCUCUUGAAACCUCAGGGUCAGAUGGCUUCCAGGAGGUGUUUGCGCCUCACCCUGCUGCCGCUCUACGAUCUAGCGAUCAACAUCUGGCACUGGCUCUGCCCGGAGAGCAACAACUUACCACCUUCCAGCAGGACACUGCCACGCCCUCUCUGCAGACUAAGACGGGGCACGUAGAGGCGCUUGUGGCCACGCCGGAUAUCUCCCAGCUGCCUCUACAGUCACCCUCGUCCUCAUCUUCUUUCGAGACGUCCAGCUUCUCAAACGUGGGUCCUGCAGCUCCAAGGGAAGAGAGACCCUCGCCCUCCAGUGACGCAGUGGUGUUCCCUGUCAAGAUUCUCGAGAAAGGUACAGUGCAGAGGACAGUCCCGCCCCCCAGCUCCACCCCAGUCCCCACACGCAUCUUCCUGAGAGGCUUCACCGCCCUAGACGACACACCCUUCCUUAGGAGUGACCGCCUGGAGGAGAAACGCAUUCUGAAGACACUCGAGGCACUUCAAAAGGAAUCUCUUGCUUCACAGAAUUCAAGAAACAUUAAACUAGCUAUCCAGAACCUGAAGCGUUUAGCUGAAGACCUUAACACUGUAAGUGACGAGGAUCGAGUAGUUUUCCCGAAGUUUAUAGAUAUUGAUAGUGUAGGUUCUGAGUCCCGCCAUGAGGCUUUGCAAGUGAUAGAGCCUCCACGGUUUGGCGGUGUCAGGAAGGACUCAAAACCACUUGUCUUUACACUCCCUGCAUUGCAACCACAGACCUCAUCCCCUAUACGUGACACACACAGGCCGGAGGGUUCGUUAGCCAAGAGGCUGGACACGGAGGCAGGAACUCCCUUGACGGCGGUAUUCAACGAACCCAAGGUUAUCAGGGGAGGUAGAAAGGUACCUCCUUACGCGUGGCUGUGGCCGGGGGAAACGUCAACCAUUGCAAUUUCCAAGAUUUUCCACCAGCCGGCCUCUCAUGCCCUCUGACACACACAUAUAUAAACACACAAACGCACACAUACAUACAUACAUACACGCACGCACACAAACACACAAAAAUCAUGUCAUACAAAAGUAGUUCUCAGUUUUCACCGGCUGGCAUUUCAAAAGCUUAAGCUGUAAAUUAGGUUUAGCUGAUUUCCCGGGUACCUUCCUGAUCUCCACUAGUGUGUCUGUAGCCGUAGUAUUACCACACUAAUAUGUCCUUUGGCACUGUUCUUUUAAUUUAUUGUAUAAUUGUUGUACUAGUUCACGUAGUGUAGGUCCAUAGGCAUAUCUCAUUUACCAUUGUAUUGUUGCAUUUUGCUGUUGAGUUUCUGUAAGAGUCCUGUUUGUCCUUCCCUCGCUGUUUCGCUCAUUACUGUUCGGUUCGUCGUCGUUUUGGUUUUCUUUCCAUUGCUUCUUUUUUAAUAAUUUUCCCCGGGCGUGGCGUCAGUGUGACCUUCAGCCGCCCUUGUGCCAGUGUUCGGUAUCUGCCGCGAAUUUUAUUUUCUUUAGUGUUGAAGUAUUUUUCAUAUUUUGCUUGAAUUAAUAUGAAAAGAAAACAGAGAGGAAGGCAAUAUUGCUUAGUGUCAUUAUUUGUAAGAGUAACAGAUAGAAUGGACGUAAGAGAUAUAAAUCUUAUAUGUUAUAUGUUAUAAUUACAAAUAAUAUGUAUUCAGUUGGAAAAUCCUCAAUAUUGUCUGAGGAUUUUCGUAUAUCAAAUAAUUCUUUCGUAUU